AUGACGGAGACGAUUGGAGAGUUUAGCGAAGGGCACCUUCUAAAUGUAGCGAAAGGGUUGGUUGAAAAAAAGACCAAGGACUCCAAGAUAUUGGAUGCAGAGCUGGAAUCACGGAUACCGAAAUUUGACGUUGGUGAACUUUCUAUUGGACGAGUCUUAGGUAGGGGAGGGUUCUGUGUGGUGAAGGAGGUUAAUAAAAUUGUUCUGCAGAAAGGAGGUGACGACGGUUCUGGGGCCAGAAAGUCCGAUGACGAGCAUUACAUCCACAACAUUGUUCAAGAUCGAGCGUUUAUGGCACAGCACUGUAUCCGACAAGGAAAAGAUUUUCGUUAUGCCAUCAAGACGGUGCAAGAUGCUUCACGGAAGGAUCCUCAAGUUUACGUCAAUGCCGUUGUCGAUCUCGCUGUUGAAGCGAGGUUCCUUGCGAUUGUCAGACACCCCAACAUUAUCAAAAUGCGAGCCAUGGAAGCACGAGAUCCGUUUCAUGGCCGCUACUUUAUUAUGUUGGAUAAGCUCUACGACAUCAUGCCGCAGAGGUUGAAAAAGUGGAAAUCAAGGAAGAAGUCUGGCUUGAAAUUAUUCGACAUGAAAGGAAAGAAGAAACAGGCAUUUUGGGUUGAGAGAUUGACCAUAGCCUAUGACAUUGCAUGUGCCCUAAGCUAUCUUCAUGGGCUUUCAAUUUUGUACAGAGAUUUGAAACCUGACAACAUUGGUUUCGACGUGCGCGGUGAUGUCAAGAUUUUUGAUUUUGGCCUUGCCAAAGAGCUUGAUGAAAGUAAGAUUUUGGAGGAUGGCACCUACAACCUCACAGGAGAUACUGGGUCGUUACGCUAUAUGGCACCUGAAGUUGCCCUGGGAAAGACAUACAACGAGACAGCAGAUACGUAUUCCUUCAGUAUUCUUUGUUGGCAGAUUUUUGCGAUUGAAACACCAUACGAAGGUUACAACGUCGCAAUGUUCGAAAAGUCUGUCAUUAAAGGUGGUCGACGUCCCAAGGUCAACGAUAAAUGGGGUGAAAAACUGUGCUCGUUGCUUGGAUCUUGUUUUGUCGAUAAUCCGAAACGUCCCAGUAUGCUUGAUGUCUGUGAACUUUUGCGAGAAGAAAUAAAUAUCCUCUCCGAUGAAGAGAUCGUUGACAUUUUGGAUACAUCGAGGAAGAGCCAGAUGUCUGCAAAUGGCUGA